GCCCGCGGUGAGCGAGUGUGAGGGGCUCGGCACGUGGGGCUGGGGCUGGUGCUGGGAGCCGGGAGCCGGGAGCGCGGGUGACCGUGGUUCGGGUUCCGUGUCCCGCGCGUGGGGCCUGCGUGUCCGCGUCACCCCUCUGGGUUCGAGCGGCGGCUCAGUCCGUGCGGGCCGAAUUCCGACGCCGGGCGGCGGGCGCGGGCGCGUGUGCAGGCGCAGCCCAUGGUCCCUCAGCGGGCGAGCCGGAGCGUGGCGGAGACGCGGCGCGGACGGUGACAGCAUGAACCUCCUACCCAAGAGCUCCCGGGAGUUCGGCUCCGCGGAGUACUGGGAGAAGUUCUUCCAGCAGCGGGGGAAGCGGGCUUUCGAGUGGUACGGAAGCUACCUGGAGCUGUGCGGGGUGCUGCACAAGUACAUGAAGCCCCGGGAGAAGGUGCUGGUGAUUGGGUGCGGGAACUCGGAGCUAAGUGAGCAGCUGUAUGAUGUGGGCUAUUUGGAUAUAGUGAACAUUGACAUCAGUGAGGUGGUCAUCAAGCAAAUGAAGGAACGCAAUGCCAGCCGACGGCCCCAGAUGAGCUUCUUGAAGAUGGACAUGACACAGAUGGAGUUUCCUGAUGCUUCGUUCCAGGUGGUGUUGGACAAGGGCACCCUGGACGCUGUCCUGACAGACGAGGAGGAGAAGACCCUGCACCAAGUGGACAGGAUGCUGGCUGAGGUUGGCCGUGUCCUGCAGGUGGGCGGUCGCUACCUCUGCAUCUCCCUGGCUCAGGCUCACAUCCUGAAGAAAGCAGUGGGUCACUUCUCUCGGGAGGGGUGGAUGGUGAGGGUACACCAGGUGUCCAGCAGCCAGGACCGGGUACUGGAUGCAGAGCCUCGGUUCUCUCUACCUGUCUUUGCCUUCAUCGUGACCAAGUUCAGGCCAGUCCCUGGCUCUGCCCUUCAGAUCUUUGAGCUGUGUGCUCAGGAGCAGGGCAAGCCUGUGCGGCUGGAGAGUGCCGAGCGGCUGGCUGAGGCGGUGCGUGAGCGGCAGCAGUAUGCCUGGCUGUGCAGCCAGCUGUACCGCAAGGCCGGGCUGGGGAAUGUAUCUCUGGACUUGUGCGAUGGGGACACGGGGGAGCCACGCUACACCCUCCACGUGGUGGACAACCCCACUGUGAAACCAUCGCGGGACAAUCAUUUUGCCAUUUUCAUCAUCCCCCAGGGUCGUGAGACCGAGUGGCUCUUUGGCAUGGAAGAGGGUCGGAAGCAGCUGGCGGCCAGUGCAGGCUUCAGGAGGCUGAUCACAGUGGCCCUCCACCGGGGCCAGCGGUACGAAGGCAUGGACAGCAUCCAGGCCGAGCUGUCAGCCAGAGUCAUGGAGUUGGCUCCUGCUGGGAUGCCCGCCCAGCAGCAGGUGCCCUUUCUGUCUGUGGGUGGGGACAUCGGGGUCCGGACCGUUCAGCACCAAGGCUGCAGUCCCUUGAGUGGCAGCUACGUGGUCGAGGAUGUGCAGGGGGAUGACAAGCACUACUUCCGGCGGCUCAUCUUCCUCAGCAACAGGAAUGUGGUGCAGUCUGAAGCCAGGUUGCUGAAGGAUGUGUCUCACAGAGCCCAGAAGAAACGGAAGAAGGACAGGAAGAAGCCGCGGGCUGAUGACACUCCAGAGGACCUCCCUGCAGCCCCAGGGCGGCCCGUUGACAAGACUUACCUGUGCUGUGAGCACCACAAAGCAAUGAUUGCUGGCCUUGCCCUGCUCAGAAACCCGGAGCUGCUCCUAGGUGAGGGGGACUCCGGUGCCCUCCACAGGCGGGGGUGUGGACGAUUACAGCUGUCUUGUGGGAGCACAGCAUUGACAGACCAACAAAUCCACAUAGAUCCGUAGUUUUCUCCUUCCCAGUGUUCUUCUAAGUUAAUAAAUGGCCAGUAGCUCUUC